AUGGCCCAGCUUCCUGUCGCUCUUUACGGGCUCGAGAUCCCCGCUGGCGAUGUCCUCAUCCCCGCCAACCCCGACUUCCCUGCCACUUUCCGCAUCACCAUGGCCGCCAUUGAUCCCUCUGCGGCUCCCGAGGCUGAUUCUGAUGGCAACAUUCCUGCUGUCCCCCGCUCUACCCUUCGCCUCGUCAAGCAGCGCUUCGGUGACGACCUCGAGGCCGGCGAGGAUGACGAGAUCGAUGAGGACUACCUCCAGUCUCUCAUUGACGCCAACGGCGACGAAGACGAGUCGUCCGAUGACAAUGACGAGCCCAACGGAGGCCCCAGCGACCCUUCCAAGUCCAAGAAGCAGAAGCAGGCUGAGGCUCUGAAGAAGCUGAUUGAGGCUGUCGGCAACGAGGAGGAGUCUGACGAGGAGAUGGACGAUGCCAAGCCCAACGGAAAGUCCAGCAAGAAGGGCAAGGGCAAGGCCUCUGACGAUGAUGAGGAGGAGGAGGAGGACAGCGAUGACGAGGAUGACGAGGGCCUUGACCUCGAGAACUUUGUCAUCUGCACCCUCGACACCGAGCGCAACUACCAGCAGCCCCUUGACAUCACCGUCCAGGAGGGUGAGAAGGUCUUCUUCGUCGUUUCUGGUACCCACACCGUCCACCUCACUGGUAACUACGUUAUCGACGAUGAUGAGGAGGAGGGGUCCGACGAGGAUGAGGACGACGACGAGUACGACCUGUCCCCCGAUGAGCUCGAGUACGGCAUGCCCGAUGAGGACAGCGACGAGCUUGACGACACUGAUGACCCGCGCGUCAUGGAGGUCGACACCGACGAGGAGGAGGCCCCCAAGCUGGUCGAGACUAGCAAGAAGGGCAAGAAGCGCGCCGCCGAGAGCCUCGACGACCUCAUCAAGGCCGACGAUGAGACCAAGCUCUCCAAGAAGGACAAGAAGAAGCUCAAGAACAACAAGGGCGAGGCCGUCGCCGCCGAGGAGAAGACCACCCCCAAGUCCGACAAGAAGGUUCAGUUCGCCAAGAACCUCGAGCAGGGCCCUACCGGUUCCGCUGAGAAGGCCAAGCAGGCUGGCAAGCCCACUGGUGGCGUCAAGGUCGUCCAGGGAGUGACCAUUGACGAGCGCAAGCCUGGUACCGGCCGCGCUGUCAAGAACGGUGACAGCGUCAGUGUCCGCUACAUUGGCAAGCUCGACGACGGCAAGGUCUUCGAUGCCAACAAGAAGGGCAAGCCUUUCACCUUCAAGGCCGGCAAGGGCCAGGUCAUCAAGGGCUGGGACAUCGGUGUCAUCGGCAUGGCCAUCGGUGGCGAGCGUCGUCUUACCAUCCCCGCCAACCUCGCCUACGGCAACAAGAGCCUGCCCGGCAUCCCCGCCAAGAGCACCCUGACCUUCGACGUUAAGCUCCUUGAGAUCAAGUAA